UUGUAUUUCCGGAUAAAAGCGGAUGGACAUUCGAAUUGGUUAGCAAAAACCUUUCAAAAAUAGUGCGCGGGGGACGCAGUUUCCAUGAUUGUUGAGGAUUUGAAUGAUAUGAAUCUUCAACCUUACGAAAGUUAAGCAGCAGCUAGUCGUAGCGCUACUUAGUUAGCUAUGUUAUUGUGGACAGCAAGUCUGCUUUUUAUCUGAUUUUCCUUCGACUAAAAGUGUUGCUACAGAGGUUCUCGCUUGAACUGCGGACAUGAAGUGUUUGAAAGUGGACGAAUACAUCAAGCGGACUGCUUCUGUGAAAGAAACGGAGCUUUUACUUCAAGAACUAGAGAGUUAUGUAAAGAGUCGACCAGGCCUUCAGGCUCGCACACUGUGUGACAGGGUCAUCAGAGCCUGUAACCAUCAACUUGGAGUUGGAGCCACAAAUUUUGACCAUGUCAGUCAGUUAGUCCAGCUGGUGAAGCUUUCCCUUCAGGGCUAUGAUAUUUCUGCAGCACUUGUUGCUCAGAGCAGUCCACUGUACAUGGAAAAGAUAAUUUUCCAUAUUGUCAAGAAGCUAAGCUCCCUAGAAGCCCACAGUCUAUGUAGCCAAAUAGCUGGGUUGCUUUACAGCAGGCUUACCCCCGCCCAACAGGCUGAGGACUUCUGUGUUCUUGUGCGGAGCUGUUUCUCAGUGCUCUGGAACGGACUAUCUGCUACCAAAGAGAGGAACAUCCUUAAUCCCCGCGACAAACUUCACUACCAAAUGCAAGCUCUGAGCUUCCUCCUGUUGUUGGACACCGAAAAUGCAACCUCCUCGUUCUCCAAAGCCCCUGUAUACACAGAGGAUGCAAUCGCUGAAUUUGAGAGUAGCUGUAAAGUGGUAACCAAGGACGAUGCUUCUUUUCUUCUCCAGGAAAUAAACACACUUUUCAGCAGAUGCUGGACGGGCAGUCGAGGCUGUAAGGGGGACGGAUCUAAGCUAUCUACUGAGACAUCAAGUUCAUAUACGCUUUCUGAAAUAGUUCUGGUGAUGGUGAAGGUACUUUGUAAGGCUGGCCACCAUGAUCUGGCCUCCACCUUCUUAAAUGAUUUUGAGAGCAAGGUGGUUGACUGUGCUGCACAGUGUACAGCUGUGGUGCUCGGCAAAUGGGCAAUAAAGAUUAAUUCUACAAUGAAAGCCGGCGGGGAUAGUGGCCAGGCUUUGACAGAGUGUGCCAGGGCCUUGAGGUCUCUUUCAGCUGACUUGGGAGACAGACAAGCUCAUGCACUCCUGGAAGGUUGUGGACUAGUUGUGUGGGCUGUUGAAAGUGGCCACAGCAUGGGAUUAAGUGGAGCUGUGCUCCUGGCUUGGUUUUCUUUUCUUGAGGAGCAUCAAGAAUGGAUAUUAAAGAUGCUGAAGACGAAUUCAAAAGGCUUGGUUGAAGGCAGCAGACUGCAACAGGCCCUUUGCUUCAGUAUUUACCAAGGCUUUGUGUUUGCUUAUGAGAGCAUGCUUUCAUCACAGCUGGAGAACAGUGACACACUGGACAGAGUGCUGCUGUACUGCCAAUCCACAGCUGGACUGAUGAUGACUGAACUGCGAAAACUGUCAAGUGAAAACCUUCUCGUCAAAGCAGUGGUUGCUGUGAGCAACUUAGCUUGUGGAUUUUACAACCGGCGUCUCUAUGACCAGGCCUUCACACUAGUUGAGAUCCUCUGCAGGGAUUUAUGCAAGAAUUGCCCCAUCUCGCUCACUGUCGAUAGGUUGAGCCGACCCUUCAUGCUGGCUGUGCAGACGUCUCGGCGGGCUGGACAACUGGAGCGAGCGUUGGACUGGGUAAUCCUGUGGUUGAAAGCUCUGGGGGACAAAAUCACAACUCAUAUGACUGAACCAGUUUCUCUGUGGGUGAAAACGAAGAUUGAUGCCGCUCGUAACUCUGAAGAAGACAUCCGUCUUAGGACAUUAUGUGACGGUUUUGGUCCCGACGUCCCAGAUGAGCAAGUAAUGCUUUGCCUUUUGGAGGAAGAGCUGCAUGCCUAUAAGGAGGUGGCAGGAGAUACGGCCCAGGAGCGUUACAACACACUCUGUGAUCUGUUGGACAUCUGCCAUGAGGAGAGCUCCCACCCUCAUCUACGUGCGGUCUACCUCUGUGAAAUGGCCCAAGUUGUGUGUUACCAGGAUUUCAGUGAACAGACAGACUGUACUGCAGUUGAUUUUACCCAUGAAGCUUUACGGCUACUUGAAAAUGAACCAGUGACUCAAGAGAAUGCUGACAGACUGAAGGAUGACAAGGCCCAUGCUUUACUUUGGCUCUACAUCUGCACUCUUGAGAAGAAUCUUCAGGAGGCCAUUGAAAGGGACAAAAAACUGCGAGAGUUGCGUGAGCAGACACAGUGUGCGACCAGUCCCAUAGGAACCAAUGAUUUUGAUUAUGAAGACAAGCAAAAGACACAAGACAGCACCCUGGUCUCUGAAUUCCUGUAUUUCAACCUGGCUGCAGAGAACAAGUUGUGUAAGCCUUUGGAAAGAGCAUUGGAUGAGUGGUCCUCUCUUCUGCAGAGUCAAGUCCUGCCCUCUGUCAGAAACCCAAAACAGACCUGUAGCUCAAUCGCUGUGACUGCGGCUCUCUUUAAACUUAUGGGAAAGCCUCUAAAGGCUUUGGAAGCUUACCAACUUGCGAUUGGACUUUCACGUCAAUUUGCCGAUGCCCAUGGAUGUGCCACCUCCCUCUGUCAAACAGCCAGUAUCCUUCUGGAUAUGGGCACCCCUGAACUGGCUUUGUCCCAGCUAGAGCAAGCAGAAAAGUUCCUCACCUCUCUUACCACUGCUGAUGGACCUUCUUCUCUCUCUAUACUGGCCAUUCUGUUGAAAGCUCAGUACUGCUACAGCACCGGACAGGUGGAUCGUGGAGUACCUUAUUUGUGUGAAGUGCUUAAAGAAGUGAAUGAGCCGAGGCAGUCAAAGCGCUGGUACCUGCUGCGUGCUCAGGUGCUCCAGACCUACAGCUCCUAUCUGAGUUUGGACACUGCUGCACUGUCGCAAGCCCAGCGAAGCCAUAUCACACAGCAUGGUAUAAAUAGCCCGGACACUGCCCUGUAUGAAAGUCUGAAGCUUCUCUGCAGCCUGCUGAUCACUUUAGUGGGGAAGGGCCUAUAUGGGACUAACGGCAGCAACUCAGACAUGCGCUUCGUCGAUCAAGGAGAUAACUUGGUGCUGAAGUGGCAGCUGCUCUCAGAGCUGUUAAAUUGCUCAAUAAAGGUGGUGGCUGUGAGGAGCAACUGUGGGGCCAUCAACGAUGCCAGGCUGCAAUGUCUAGAAGCUCUCAAACUGGCCACCAAGCUGCAAGCACUCAGCCAAUGCGCUGAACUGCUGGUGAUGAAAGCUGAGUUGGAGCUGCUUCAGGGGGAGAGAGAGGAAAGUGGACUUGAUUUAGACAAAGUCAGACACCUUCUGGAUCUCUGUACAGAUUUUUCGGAUCAAGUGCAGAAGACUGAAGUGAAGAUCAAACCUAGGAAAGGUCGCCCAGCGCAGAAAUCUCAGUCACCCCUUCCUGCCUUGGAGGAUGAUCUUAAUGGCUUCCUGAAAACUAGGUGGAUUGGCAAAGAGCUUGUAGUGAGGGAUCUGGCCAGCUCCCCACCUCUCAAAGCCCAGCCUCGCCGCUGGCUCUCAUCCCUGGCGCAUGAAUCUGACUGCCAGUGCUCCUGUUGCUCUGAACCCUGCCUGGGCCGUGCCACUGCUCGCUGGGCAGCUACACAGGCUGAUCUAGUUCUCCAGCUGGAUCCCAAUGAAGCCAAUGUCAGUUUGAAACUUCAAUCAGCAACAUUAGCUCGCUGUAAGAGUGUCGCUGCCAAACUUGGUACAAAAUUGGCAAAACUCUUCUCUCCCUGCGGCCUGGCCCAAAGCUCCUUUAAGCCCUCUCUGAUGCAGGACGUGGUGGGUCGUGUGUACCUUCGCAUGGCCCUGUCUGGUCUGGAACCAAGGCUAUACAAGGUCUGUGGUAUUUGGAGAGUACUCGAAGCUGGCUUGGCUUUUGUUAAUGCCACACCCUCUCCUGUGCUAAGACCUGUGAAAGCAGGCCUAAUGGCAACUAAAGCCAUUGUGUCACUGGUUGCCUUGGCUGAGAAAAAGGGCUGCGCCCCAGAGGAGCUCUUCUCAAAUGCAUGGACUUGGAAUGCACCAAAAGAGCUCAAAUUAGAACAUAAAGCGGUGCCUCGUGCAUCCUUGCUUAGGAACCCUAAAGAGUCCAUUAAAAACCCAGAUGUGCCUCACAAAACCAAGGAGGCAAAGAAGGUCAAGGUCGUUAAGCCCAGGAUUGAGGUGACAAGCUCCACAAACAAAGAAAAGGGACUAGUUCCCAUGACACCAGUAAUGGUAAAGUCUAAGCCAUCUGUUGGGCAGCGGAGCCAUUUUGACUUUAACACAGCAGUAGCUACUUUGGCCUGUACUCCUAUUCAAAAGGUGAAAGCCUGUGCCUCAGUGCAGAAAGCACCAAAAACUGCCUCUAAACUACAGUUUCAGGUGUAUGAAGAGUUGUCGCCAGUUCAACCUGUGCCUGCUGCCCCCAGACGCACAAAAAAAACUGUUUUCAAGAUGGAGUUUAGUGAUGAGAGUGACACAGAAGCCAACACCCAGGCAAAGUCCAAAGAAAAAACGGAUGUCCCUAAAAAGCGAACCACCACAAGAAGAGCGGCCCAGAGCAAUAAAUCAGCCCCAGAUCCACCUGCAGAGAGGGCCCCACCAAAGAGGCAGGCUAGGGGUAAGAAGACCACUGCACUGCCUCGGUCAACUUCUUCUGAGGACGACAUCUGUCAGUCUGCCUCAACAAGAAGAGGAAGAACCAGAAGGGAGCUGUCCAGUGCAGAGGCAGAUUCAGUGGAGGAGCCAGACAAGAUGAGGACCAUUGAGGAGGAAUUUACUGAAGUUCUGGACAUAAGCAUUGAGCAGCUCAGGACAUCAGACACUGAGGCUGAAGACACUCACGCAAGUAAAUAUGAUAUAGAUUUUGAAGUGUUGCGGAGGGACAUAUGUUGUGAUCUGGAGCGAGAUGACUUGUUUGAACUGAGAAGCAGAAGCCAUCUGAGUGAAGGUCCACAAACCCACCUCUCUCAUUCAGACAUCAGGUCAGACAAUCUCUCUCUGGAGGAUGUUGAGUCAUUGCUCCGCUCAGCCUUGUUGGCCCUUCAGCACUUCCCCUCACCCACCAUCUACACAACCCUUUGUUCUCUUCUGGCCUUGACCACGGGACAGCUGGACCCCGUAACUACAGCAGUGCUGCAUGCCCAGUCCUUGGGCAUCACAAGUCGUCAUCGCACAAUCAGACAUUUAGCCAGCUGUCUCAAAAAGUUGAGUAAGGCAUCAAAUGAGCUAGCAGACAAGAUGGAUACUCUGUCCCUAGAUGAGCUCAGUCCAAACAAGUCCAAGAACUGUCCCGAACAGAGGCUGUCGCAGUUGGCGAACAUCUUCUCCUUUCCAACUGCUGACUCCUCUACUUUCCCCCAGAGCCACUGUCAGGAGUUUACCCAACAGAUUCAACACCUUCCCUCAGGGGUCACUGUGUGUGUGAUGUCUAUGCUUGGAGUAAAACCUUGGGAGAUGGGUGAUGGCAUCCUACUGUCACGUCUUGAGGGAUCUAACCCCGUCACUGUUCACAUCGCCACCUCUAAACAACCGCACCCCAUCAGCUGGCUGGUGCAGGAGAUAGAUAGUAUUCAGGUGGAGCAGAAGCUUGUGAGCUGUGUCUCUGAGAAGGCCAAGUGGUGGGAGGGUCGCAGGGCGCUUGAUUCUCGAGUUGAGCGGCUGUUGGAGGAGAUGGAGGGAUUGCUGGGAUGCUGGAGCAGCUUUCUUCUACCGCUUUCAUUGGAUCCCGAGCUCUCCAAACAGGCCCAGCACCUUUGCAAGUCCUUGUCUGCAAAGGGAGUCACAGUCAGUGAGGAAAUGUUGAAGGCUGUGCUGUCUGCCUCUCCUGUGCUCUCCCAAGAAGCCCUUAAGAGAUUUGCAAUGGGAGUUUCUUCACAGUGGGACAAAAAGUGUGACCAGCUUCUCCAUACAGCUGUGUGCCGGCUCGCUGACAGAGAAGAGCCCCGUGGUCAUGUUGUUCUCAUCCUGGACAAGUACCUUCAGAAGCUGCCGUGGGAGAGUAUCUCCAUCUUAAGGUCUCAUUCUGUCAGCCGGAUGCCUUCUCUGCACUCACUAAUUGGACUAUGCAUUCAGAAAGAGACAGACUCUCAGUCCAUCCUGAAGCAAGGUGUGAAUACAAGGCAGGUGUUUUAUGUGCUGGACGCUGAUGCCAAUUUGGGAAACUCUCAAGACCGAUUCAAGGAAUGGUUUAGCAGUCAAUUAGAUUGGGACGGUGUGUGUGGAGUUGCUCCUGACUCAGGUCAGCUGGAAGAAGCUGUUGCUACCAAGGAUCUAUACAUUUACGUGGGUCACGGUGCAGGUGCACGAUUCCUCGACAGCCAGGUAGUCCUAAAACGGCAGAUGAGAGCAGCUUCUCUGCUUUUUGGUUGCAGUAGUGCCGCUCUGGCAGUGCGCGGGCAUCAGGAAGGACAAGGAAUCAUCCUCAACUACCUCAUAGCAGGCUGCCCAUUUGUCUUGGGAAAUCUGUGGGAUGUUACAGAUCGGGAUAUUGAUCGCUUCACUAAAGCCUUGUUGGAGUCCUGGUUAUCCGCUGGGUCUGGAGCGCCUCUCCUGCGUUACAUGGGCCCUUCCCGUCAGGCCACACACCUAAAACACCUCAUAGGAGCUGCACCUGUAGUCUAUGGCUUACCAAUUCACCUGCAGUAGAUGGGCUGGUAAAAUCAAACUCUUCU